GAAACAGCUUCACUUUACCCGCAUCACCCUCCCCCAGGGCAGCAGAGCUCAUUACCAAGAGACACCUUUUUUGGUUCAUGAUUUCUGCACAGGAGAACGUUGAGCAUGUAGGUGAGAGGCCAGCUUCCCCAGAUAUGCAAAAGAGACCCACUUUUUUCUCACUCUAUCCUGAAUACUGAGUAGAACAAGGAGUAUCUUGGAGAACGGAUGAAGGGCUCUGGGAGGGCAUCAAAGGACGUGGAUCCCACCAGCUCCGUCACAAACUCCAUCUAUAGCCCAGCCUAUCUCUCCUGCAGAUCCUCCCAACCGGCCCACAGGCACCCACAACACUCCGUGUGCCUCACACAACACACAUUCCUUCCUCAUCACCAUCUCCCUGUUCAUACUCCCCAAAGUGGCAAAAGCUUUUUCAGAUAGCUAGUGAGCACAAAGAAAGCCGGCCCAACUAUAUGGAACUUGAAAAAAAUCAAGCAAACUUGUGCAAUCAGCACUGACCGAGGGAAAGCAAACAAGAGCAUGUGGUCUAGCUUUGCAGCACCAAGAGAAGGCAUACAACCUUAAGGAUUACUACCAAGAAGGAAAAAGAAAUGUGGAGUGGGUACAACCAUAGAAAAGUUCUGAGAAAACCUCAGAAUCUCCAACAGUGCUGACAGAAGUAUAAGAAAGGAAGAAGAGGGCAUAAUAGUUAUUUAAAGUAAUAAUGGCCAAGAACUUCCCAAAUCCGAGGAUAGAUUUGGACAUUCAGGUUCGUAAAGCUCAUCGGUUUCCCUAAAAUUUUAAUUCCAAAUAUUUUCUGCAAGACACAUUACAAUAAACUGUCAAAAAAAUUAAGAUAAUAAUAAAAAUCACACACAAAAAAACCCUUCAUAUACACGGGAACCCCCAUAUAAAGCUAUCAGCAGCUUUUUCUGAAGAAACUUUGCAAGCCAGGAGAGAGUGGAUGAUAUAUUCAAAAUGCAGAAAGAAAAAACUGCCAACCUAAAAUACUUUACCUGGAUAAGUUGUCCUUCAAAAAUGAAGGAGAAAUAAAGACCUUCUCAAAUAAAUAAAAGCUAAGGGAGUUCAUCACCAGUAGGCCUGUCUUUCAAGAAAUGCUGAAAGGAGUUCUUCAAACUGAAAUGAAAGAACACUAAUUAGUAACAUGAAAACUUAUGAAAAUAUAAAACACAUUGGUAAAGAUUUUACAGAUAAAAAAAGAAAUCUCUUCAAUCUGUCACAUUCUUGUGAAUUUAUGUAAUCUUGAUUGCUUGAUUGAUGGCUUUUUCUAAUCUCCAACCCACCAUACAUGGGAUGAGAGCACCAGGGACAAUACCCAACUGUCCACCUGGACUGGAAUAUUUGACUCAGAUAAAUCAGUUACUAGUGUGUCAACGUUUUGAUCUUCUGGAAGUUCUCGGUUGUUUUGAAACUAGUAAGAAAUAUGAAGUCAUGAACAGCCAAGGACAGAGAAUUUAUUUUGCCGAAGACAGAAGUAAUUGUUUCCUCAGAUACCUCUGUGGACCUUCAAGAUCUUUUACCAUUACAAUUUAUGAUAACAUAGGCCGUGAUGUCAUAACUGUGCAUAAAGCUCUAAGAUGUAGCUGUUGCUGGAGAAACUGCUACCUACAAAAGCUAAAAGUUGAGGCUCCUCCUGGUGAAAAAAUUGGAUAUGUGUACCAAUACUUUCACCCAUUGUGGCCAAUGUUUAAAAUUAAAAAUGCAAAUAAGGAGGAUAUAAUGAAAAUCAGAGGACCAUGUGUGGUUUCCAGCUGUCUCACGGAUCUAAAUUUUAAUUUAUUGUCUCUGGAUGAAGAAAUAGUUAUUGGUAAGAUUUCAAAUACAUGGGCUGGAUUUAUUAGGGAACUAUCUACCAAUGCUGAUAAAUUUGGAAUCCAGUUUCCACUUGAUCUUGAUGUUAAGAUAAAAGCACUGAUGCUUGGAGCAAGUUUCCUCAUUGACUACAUGUACUUUGAACUCUGGUCAUGAGUUUCACCAGCUUUCAGCAAAAUUAAACAACUUUCACUGAGAAUAUUUAAAUGAAGUUUUAUUUCACUAAAAUUAUUUGUGUAAUUUUUUCUGAAUAAACCACACCAAAAUUUA